UAGAAAAACAGGCGACUUGGCCGCCCAGAGAGGCUUUAUCCGUGCCCCCUGGAUCUUCUUCCUGCGUAGACAGCCUUCGCGGGUGAGGCGUAACGUGCGGGAGGUCUCACGAGAGUGGAAGCAAAUCUCGCGAAUUUUAAAACUUGCCUUUUUGCCUAGCGACUGAAAACAGUAGUUGCUCGGCGUUGAAUCUCUCAAGUGGCCUGACCUUGACACUGGAGUGAUACCCCAGCCCUAGGCUGGGGUUCUUUCCAUUAUAGAGGAAACGGAUUCAGAGGGGCUACAGACCAAGGUUGUUGAAAACCAGACAUACGAUGAGCGUCUAGAGAUUAACGACUCAGAAGAGGUUGCAAGUAUUUACACUCCAACCCCAAGAAACCAAGGAUUUCCUCGUUCUGCCCAUCUUCCUAACAAGGCUAUGGCUGACAACAGCAGUGAUGAGUAUGAAGAGGAAAAUAACAAGGUCCUAAGAGAGGGCAUGCCACAGGCUCCGGGCCACAGAAGCAAAGACAUGGACCCUGUUCUACCUGCCUCUGCAAGUCCCAGGUGCCACCAGACCCCUUCUCAUGGAUUUGAGAAGGUGGGAUGGUACAGAGAGAGCCAGAAGCACAGAAAGGAGAAGAAAAAGACUUCACAGUUGACACCUCAACGGGGCUUUAGUGAAAAUGAUGAUGACGAUGAUGAUGAUGAUGAUUCAUCUGAAACUGAUUCUGAUUCUGAUGAUGAUGAUGAAGAGCAUGGAGCCCCUCUGGAAGGGGCCUAUGACCCUGCAGAUUAUGAGCAUUUGCCAGUUUCUGCUGAGAUUAAGGGACUGUUCCAGUACAUCAGUAGGUACACACCUCAGUUGAUUGACCUGGACCACAAACUGAAGCCUUUCAUUCCUGAUUUUAUCCCAGCUGUUGGGGAUAUUGAUGCAUUCUUAAAGGUCCCACGUCCUGAUGGAAAGCCUGACAACCUUGGCUUGUUGGUAUUGGAUGAACCUUCUACAAAGCAGUCAGACCCUACAGUGCUCUCACUCUGGUUAACAGAGAAUUCUAAGCAGCACAACAUCACACAACAUAUGAAAGUAAAGAGCUUGGAAGAUGCAGAAAAGAAUCCCAGAGCCAUUGACAUGUGGAUUGAGAGCAUCUCUGAGUUACAUCGUUCUAAGCCCCCUGCGACUGUGCACUACACCAGGCCCAUGCCCGACAUUGACACACUGAUGCAGGAAUGGUCCCCGGAGUUUGAAGAACUUUUGGGCAAGGUAAGCCUGCCCACAGCAGAGAUUGAUUGCAGCCUGGCAGAGUACAUUGACAUAGUCUGUGCCAUUCUAGACAUCCCUGUCUACAAGAGUCGGAUCCAGUCCCUCCAUCUGCUCUUUUCCCUGUACUCAGAAUUCAAGAACUCACAGCAUUUUAAAGCUCUCGCUGAAGGCAAGAAAGCAUUCACUCCUUCAUCCAACUCCACCUCCCAAGCUGGAGACAUGGAGACAUUAGCCUUCAGCUGAGACACCUCCCAAGCUGCUGUUUCAAGGCUGAGCUGGCCCCUCUGCCCCAGCUGAGAUGGACAGAUCGUUGUCAGCCACCUGAUGUCCUUGCCUAUGCCACAGCUUGGCGCAAGGGCAGUACAUGUCCUGCUGUCCUCUGUGCCAGAGGGCACUGCACACAUUUGUUUAAUGAACCUGCCUGCCUCAAAUUGUUGUCCCCAGGGAGUUAAUGCAUCUACACUACUGUGGGGAUUUGAGUUAGAAGAAUUGGAUGAGAUCCCAUGGAGCUAAGAUUGGGAGGAAAGCUUAAAAGAUACCCUUUUUGGGAGAGGGAUGCAAUUGUUUUUUUUUUUUUUUUUUUUUUUUUUUUUUCAUUCUUAAAAGUUAGUGGGUAAAGAUUUUAUAAAUCAAA